AUCCUGAGUGUUUUCUUCGGGGCCUCUUGGGACCCUCCUGGGGGCAUCUUUCCAGCAGUUGCCCUUGGAAUGUGGUUCCCUCCUGAAGGGGAUCGGCGGGUUGAGGCAAGGCCUACGUCGUCCCAGUCCUCGCACAUGAGCACGUGGGAGAGCACGGCGCUGAGGCCGCAGCCGUGCAAAUGUGACCUCACGAAGUCUCAGCCCACUCAGGUUGCUGAUAUCGGUGGCGUUCGCUGCCGCUGCUCGGGUGUUGCUCCUUCGGCGAGUGGCGAAGGAGAUGGGUCUGGAGCUGCUGCUGCGGGUUGUGCCCGCCAGAUCCGAAAAGAGGCUGGUGGCGCUCCUGGCCGAGUCCUUCUCUGGAGUGCCUUCUGUCGAGCAGGACGCUGACGCCCUGGCGUCCGAGCUCUGGCUGGACGGCCUGCUGUACGCCGCCCCGCUCCGCGGGGAGCCCUUCAUCAGCUUCGAACGCCCGCCGCUGCCGACGCCCUUGGUGAUCCGCCAGGACGAAAGCGCCAAGGACCGCCUGGGGACCAGCGAGGACGCCACCGGCGGUCUGGUCUGGCCCUCCGCGCACGCCCUGUCGGCCCACCUAUGCGCGCGCCCCGAGCUCGUGCGUGGGCGCCGUGUGGUGGAGCUCGGCGCAGGCACCGGCCUCGUGGGCCUGGUGGCCGCGGCGCUCGGCGCCGAGGAGGUGGUGCUCACCGACCUGCCCUCGGCGCUGCCGCUGCUGCAGGACCCUCCCGAAUGUGACGCGGAACGCCAGCGCCUGUGGCGGCCGCGCGCGCACGGCGACGCUCAGCUGGGGCGCCGCAGGGGCGGAGGAUGUGCUGCGGAGCCUCGGUGGCCGCUGCCACGUGGUCAUCGGGUGCGAGAUCGUGUAUCAGCACGACGAGGUCACGUCUGCGGCCCUGGCAGAGACGAUGUCGCUGCUUGCGGGGGCAGACGGUAUCUGCCUCUUCGCGUACGAGUUUCGCGAAGGUCUGUUGGGAGACUUUGAGUUUUUCGACCGCGUGAACGAGCGAUUCAAUGUUGAAGUGGAGUCGCUUGCUCCCUAUGGGUUUGGAGCACAACAGAGAAGCGAUGACAUGGAUCGCUUACUGUACGUUUACCGGCCUACGAGUGUCGCCUAGCCGUGGCGCGACAGGAGGUGCCCGAUUGGAGCGCAGCACAGAGUCUCUCA